AUGCGCGGGGAAUAUCAGACGGAAAGCGACAUGGAUGAGGCAAACUCCAACCGCCCGAUAUUCUCAUGCGCUAAGCAAAUGGCAGCUGGCAUCCGCCCAGCAUUGCUUCGAGCUCUCUGUCUCUGUACUUCAUACUCUGGGCUCUGGAGUCCGCAGUCUGGAAACCCCCGUCCACUCAUCUUAGAAGAGCUCCCCCAGAUGGAUGGUGGUGUCGCGCAUCGGGACGAGGACGCUGUGUUUUUCUUCGACUUUGCCUUUUGUUCCAAUUGUCUUAUUUGA